AGUGACGAGUUGCACAUUUGUUUUGUACACAGUGUGGAGUUUAAUCGGAGUUUAAAGUCGUUAAUUUGACGCUGAAAUCGGAUGCACUUGAGGCGCAUGCAGCCCGGUGUGCCAUGAUUCCCAUAGCGGUUGUGGUGUGUGUAAUGGGAGGGUGGUGUACGGUGUAUCUGGCGGACACGCUGCUGCGGUCGUCCAGCUCAGUGAAGAACCGCUAUGAAUCGUGGUUGUCAUCUAAUGGAUUUACUCUGUCUCCAUUCCACAUCAAAUGGCACACGGCCAUCUUCAACCGUCUGUUUGCCAGAUGUGCCCACCUUAACCCUCGCUUUUUGUACAUCUGGUUCAGUGCUGGUAUGGUGUUUGGAGUUCUGGCCAUGUUCGGCUCUGUGGUUUUGCUGAGCAGAACUUUACAGCAGACUCUUAGUCAGAUGAUGGCAGAGACUCCGGAGGGAUCCCACGAGCAAAUCUUGCAAGUGGUGGUCCCUGGUGUGAAUCUGCCUGUCAGUCAGCUGGCCUAUUUCUUCAUAGCCAUCCUAGUUAGUGGCGUCAUACAUGAAUUUGGCCAUGGGGUGGCAGCACUGAGGGAGCAGGUGAGAUUGAAUGGUUUUGGCAUGUUCAUGUUUGUGGUUUACCCCGGAGCGUUUGUGGAUCUCUUCACCACGCACCUGAACCUCAUAUCCCCGGUACAGCAGUUGAGAAUAUUCUGUGCAGGUGUGUGGCACAACUUCAUGCUUUGUGUCGUAGCCCUCAGCUUCCUAUUUCUGCUGCCUGUCGUUCUGUUUCCCUUCUACUACACCGGAGCAGGAGCACUGGUCACUGAGGUGGUAGAGGGCUCUCCCUCGAGUGGACCUCGUGGGCUGUUUAUAGAAGAUUUGGUCACCCAGCUGGAAGAUUGCACUGUUAGGGGAGUGCAAGACUGGCACAACUGUGUUCAACAUCUGUCCCAUAAUCCUCAGACGGGUUACUGCGUCCAUGCUGCCAAACUACAACUCAGCUGGACGGCAGGGAGAGCAUAUAAACGCCUUGAUGGGACUAUGGAGUGCUGUGGUAAUAACAGCAUGACAGACCUCUGUUUCUCGUACAGUAAUAACCUGGAGAGCAAACUGUUUGCCUGCCUGCCGGUUCGAAAAACCAUCGAAGCGAGCCGUACAUGUCGUACCAACACUGACUGUCAAACGGACUUCAUCCCGAGCUUGUGUUUAAUCCCAUCUCUGGAGAACCAGACCAGACUGAUACGGGUCAAACACCCUCCACAGACAGACAUGCUGUUCGUCGGAUACCCUUCACACCUCCAGUUUUCAGUGAGCCUCACCAACUUUGUUCCUCGUUUGGGUUUCCUUCACCCUGAUCUGCCGGUCAUGCUGGAGACAUUCUUCAAAUACCUGAUAUCAUUGUCAGGGGCUCUGGCAGUGGUAAACGCUGUCCCAUGCUUUGCACUGGAUGGCCAGUGGAUGCUGACAGCGUUCCUCGAGGCCACACUGAGCUCCCUGAUCCCAGAGAGAAACAACCGUGAGCUAAUUGGCUUCUUUUUUCUCCUGGGGGGCAGUGCCCUUCUUGCAGCCAAUGUGGCUCUGGGCCUAUGGAUGGUCACAGCACGGUAACGGAUAGCUUUCUCCUCUAAUCAGACUGCUUGGGGGACAUGUUUAUUGAGGAACCUGCUUGAAAAACCAGAGGAAUAGACUAGGUGUGUAACUUGUAGUGGUGGACAGUGUGCAGGUUGCCCCACUCACCAAAGAAAGGGCCAGAGGGAUUGAAACCUGCUGUACCUCAGAAUGAAUUUGUACAGUUUGCUUCUUCGUCGAUUUGUUCUUAGGUCUGAAUUGCAUCAAGAAGCAAGCUGUGAAAAUAAUUUUGAAGGUGCAUGCUUUUACUGUACACCGAGACCUCAGGACUGCACCAAUAGUGCCCUCUUUGAUCAAUGCACUCUCACACAGGCACAUUGAGGGAUCUGAUUUAAAUGUGUGUCUUCUUUGUGUAAGCCGACAAAUGGCUCUACAGUAUAUCAACAUCUACAAGUACAUGGAGGUAUUUUUAGGCAUUCCCUGCCCAUUUGGCCUCUCUGCCUUCCUGAAGUACGUAGUCUGACAAAUAGAAAGGUUGUAGUUUUACUUGGUACCUUUUGUUCCGCAUCUGUAGUUCACUUUUUCUUCAGGCUACUGCAAACCAGCCAAUUACCACUGCACUGCAGAAAUAAAGCCAUUUAAAAAAUUGACCCCAUGAGGGAAAUUUGGGCAUUACAGCAGCAAGAUUUGAACACCAGGUGCUAACAGCCUACAGGCUAUAGCCUAAAAAUAGUACUCAAAUCUGUAAACUGAAUAUAAAUUUGUGGAUAUGUUGACUACACAGAAUGUUACUCCAUUAGAAGUAGCAUACGGCAUGACAAGCUCUUGCUAAACUCGCUCCAUUGUGGAAAAGUAUUUUUUUUUUCUUUCUUUUUUUGAAGGGUAUACUGUGAAUAUUUCAGUAAAGACUUUUUCUAUCUGGAAGAAUUUAACUGAAGCCUUUAACACAAGCUUGGAUUACCCAACAACAUUUAGCCAGACUAUUUGUUCUAACUGCACUGGGAAUUAUUUGUUGAAUAUGGUAAUAUUUUAAAUUACUUUGAUUACUUUUUUAUUUGUUAUCUUUUUUUUUUCUUUCAAUACAAUGUACAUACAAUUUAUAAAUUAAAUUUGCAAAAAACUUUUUAUGUCAUUGGCUCUUUGUUUUGAACAGCUUGAGGUUGGUCUUCUCCAAAUAUGUUUGGCAAGUCACCUUCUGUUUGAUUAUUCUGUUCUCCAUGCGUGUGCUCUACCCUCUCGGAUAGGCAAAUGUGUACGUGAGCUUAAGAAGGGAAGAUGUUUAACUAUAGCAGUGUUUGGAAUGAAAUACUUGCAUACUGCUUAGUGCAUACUGCGCAGUGUAUACUGUAAUAUUGUAUACUGUGUACACCUAAUUUUUUGUUUUAAGUAUGUGACAAAAUGCGAUAUGCUACAACAAGCAUUUCCAAAAGUGGUAUGCUACAUAGUUGUGACAUGACCUUACUACUUAUUCAGCGAGUGCCAUCCAGUUUUUAUUUCUGUAAUAGUUAUUGAGGUUAUUAUGUGUUUUUAAACAUUGGCAGUUUGAUUAAAUAUUGAGUCAAGAGAGAAUUUUUUUUAAAUCGUUCAUUCAUCAUAUUUAUAAGGUAAAUUUGUACGCAUUGCAUUGUGGAAUAGAGUACCUAGCGCAGUAUUGGGCAAAUGUAUUAGGUUAUCCUGAUAUUCUCUUCAUGAAGAACAUUUGCACAGUUUGCAGACUAAACAUUACUUUAUCACGGAGGAGGGUGGGGCCGGAAUGACGCAUGCCCGGACCCCAAUCAGCCUGAUGAGGCGAGUGAGGGAUAAAGGCGACCGGAGACGGCAGUUCGAGAGAGAGAGAGAACUACAGGCAUCUGCCCUGUAUGUGUUUAUG